AUGGCGGACGAAAUGAAAGAAGACGCAAUGGAGCCAGACUACGAGAAGUUCGAAGAGCUCAUGGCCUUCUGGAAGACCAUGGCACACGAAAUGCAUGUGUCGUGGCACGAAACUCUAGAAGCCGCAAGCGCUCUACCUGAAGGAAAACGCUCGCUCUCUGAGAUACAGCGCCUUGUCACCAAAGCCCUCGAUAGUGAAAGUUUCGACCUCCGAUUUUUGGACCAGAAGCUCCCAGAAGAAGUGUCGAAAUGGCCCACCCUCAUCAAAAAAGAGGACGUAGAGCAGAACAUGCCCAUGGCUUUUGGGCGUCUCCUGGGCAUGAAAGAGCCAGAAACUCCGAUGAGGAACGUCUGGGACAAUUAUUACACUCCUCUAGCCUCCACGCGAGAAAUGGGCUCAAUUUGGGAGACGGUUACCUCUAUUUUGCGGAUGCUGUUUAUGGGAGAACGUUCCUGGGGAUAUGAAUUUCUCGAGGACGCAGUGAAGAUUCAGUUUAGGAAGUUCAAGGCCUACCUGAAGCAAAAGUAUCAACCAUGGAACCAAGAAUGGGCGAUUCAAUUCCCUGAAUUAUUGGAAGCGUAUCCUACCAAUGAACGACGCGCUGCAUUGGACCAGGAGUUUUAUGAUUGA